GCACGGAAAAGUAAAAUAAAAAGGGGAUGUUUUAAUUGCUUCGUAUUUAACGGAGCAAGGGGAUAAUUGUGGCUACGUCACUGCGACGCAGUCUCUUGCUUUCGCGUCUCUUCUCGCAUCGUUCUCGAUACGUCGGUGUAUACAGCACGGAGCCUGACAUUCGUAAUUCGAUCUCGUCGGAACUCGUACACAAAACGCGUAAGGUUUGUUAUCGUUACCCGACUUCGAAGGACGUACACCUCGCGAUAUCAUCCAUUCGCUUUCUGCACCUCCCUCUCCCUGCACAUCCCCCUUCCCCUUCCUUCUCUAAAGGUACACAAACCUUCGGACCUUCGCUUUGUCUAAACGCGCAGAAGAAACGUAAAUAACGUAAGUAUCAACCGAACGAAUCUCGAGAGACACGGGCGAGAGAGGGAAGGAAAAAACUCGAGCGGAGCACAGUUCGCGCUCCUAAAGCGCUUUGUGUUAGCUCGAAGUGAAAGGCCUGCGUUUGGCGCGCAUUUUUCGACGCGCGUUUACGCGUUUGCGUGAUAUCAGUCGCGAUAUGUUGCGGGGAGGUGGGGGGGAGAAUCGACGAGGAACUGUCACAUUCCGCCCGCGCCCCGCGGCCGUUUGCCAUCUCGGGAUCACGCGCUCUUCCUCUUCCCCUCGCCGCCCGUGCGUUCGUCCGUCCUCCCCACUCUUUGUCAGUAUGGCGCCCGCGUUCAAAUUCAACGGUCGGAAGUAAGGAUACUCCCGUUGCGUUGCAGAACGUUAAGGGUCCGCGGUCCGCGCAUUCGUUCGCUGUCUUUUGCCAAGGGUAGUGUCUUUUCCGGCUACGCGUCGUUAGCGGUGGCGAUUUCUUUUUAGUGAGGAAAUCUUCGAACGAGAGCUAGAGAAAGUCGUUGCAGCCGUUGUCGUUCGUAGGGUAUACGCCAGGAACAAUGGAGCCCUUCAUUCAGCGCAUGUUGGAGCGUGCUCAGGCAAGGAGAGAGAAAUUGGACGAGCAGUUGUCAAAUGCAGGACAUGAUGUUAAAAGGAGACGGAGCCCUUUGAAGAAUGCAAAUGCUUUGUUACAACAAGCCACAGCAACAAAUGAAAAUUUAGUCAAAAAAUCGCCAGUUAAAGCAGCUGCAGUUAGCGCAAGUCCUGUCAAAUCUCCUCGCAAAUCUCCAGUAUCUAAAAAUCUUGUGUCUGAAAAUGUACAAAACAAUAAGGAGAACGGUGAAUCUUACAAUGUUGAAACUUAUAAUGUGCGAUCUAAGCUGCAUAGACUUGGAAAAUUAUAUUCUGAUGAUAAUCUUGAAUUAAGUUCACCCAUACAUAGGACUGAAGAAAAAUUUACUGCUGAAGAAAGUAAUGAGGAUCAUAAACCAGUCAGGAGAGGUGCUAGACUUGAAAGAUUAGCAGGUUUAGCUUCGAAGAUUAAUAAUUGGGAGGAUGAUUUAUCUCAUCCAACAUUAACUAAUUCUAAGCUUGGAAGUAGCAAAGCAGAAAAAAUACAGGCAAAGUUUAAUGAACAAGUUAAAAGUGGAUUAGAGUCACAACCAAGCACAAGUGGAAUUAACAAAUGGGUUACCAAUGGAAGAAAAAGUAAAGAUUCAAGUCCAAUUAAACAAUUAAAAUUAGAUAAAACCGUACUAGAAAACUUGGAGGCACAAGGCUUUAGUCGUACGAAAAGCAAUUCUCGUCUUGUGUAUGACUAUAAGCAUUGUUCUCAGGAAUCAAACACUGUUGCAAGCCGUUCAUCGCCUAACAAGUUUAUAAGCACUGCUCGUCAGCAGGCGGAAAAGAAACAAAUUACGCCUGUUAAGUAUGACGGUUCACCGAGAAGCAAGAAAACGGAAAGUGAUGCUAGUGUGACUGCAAGUCCGGUUAACUCUUCUAAAAGCAACGAUAGUAAAGUUUUGAAUACUUCUGAAAAUGUUAAAAGCGCGAACACUACUAGCAGUUCUCGAUUACCGUCGAGAACUCUGUUUAACGGCUCUCCAAAGACUUUCGUCCAACCAUCAGGUUCGGUGUUGGAAAAAGCGUCAAUGUUUGAAGCUAAACAUACAGAAACAAAGGCGAAAGAUCCCGCUCAAAUGUCGCUUGCCGAAAGAAUGGCGCUUUUCGAACGAAAUAAAGGAGAAGCGUUGAUACCCAAGGCGCCGCUCACAAUGUCGAUACCGCCUAAAAAAUUACAGGAAAAGGACAAGCAGUUAGGAUCUCAUUUUGAGUCAUCUCCAAUAAACAAUCGAAAUGCCGAUGUCCAGAGUAGAACAGUUCUUGAACAACGUGCGAUAUUCGAGCAAGGCAACAAUAAACAUAAAGUAGAAGAAAUGGAGAAUCAUAUUUUACAAGCUACUUAUGCCGAGAGACAACGUGAAUUGACCAUGCUACGCUCACGGUUUAAUGCCAAUAAAGAGGUUGCUCGUACCGCCGCUGGAUCUUGUGUUCGAACGAGCGAAAGCAGCGAAGGGGGUGGUAAAGCUUCAUCGCCAAAAAAUUCGCCCAUUUGUCCAGUAAAACCAACUCCUGCUCCAGAUCAUAUUGCUCCGCCUCCGCCGCCGCCGCCACUACCCCAACCAGAAAUCAUAUCGUAUCAUAGUAAAUCUUCUUCAGUGAAAAGACAAGUCGUCGGAAGUCCACCCAAGGUUCAACAUUUAAAUGCAACAUCCGACAUCAAACGUAUUCGCGUGUGUCCUCCAAAAUCGGGAUCCCUUUAUCCAAAUCUAUCCGAGAUUGAAAUUACAGAAAGCGAGAGUGAUACAGAAUACACUGGCAACAGCAGCGAAGCUGUAACAGCUACUAUCGAUGAAAAAACUGAAACGGAAACUGAGACAACCUCUGAAGCCGAUUAUUAUGUUCGACAUGAUGAAGCUGAUCAGGAAACUGAAAGUGAUCAAGAAAGCGAACAAAAUUCAUCUUUUGGGCGUAUGAGUUUUGGACGCAGUAUUUUGCAUGCGCUCGAUCAACGUUCGAUGUUUAUCAAGGAAACAAACAAAAAGAGAUGCAUAGAGCCAAAUCCAGACAGCACAACAACAGAUAUUUCAAUACUUGAUGAUUUGGAUGAAAUUCUUGAUGAAGAAUUAGAUAAUGACGUGAAAGAGGGUCCAACACCACCUAAAAUAAAUAAAGGAUGCGAAUAUCUGCCGUACAAUAGUUCCAAAUAUCGUUCGCCUUUGAAAGAUUUAGAUAAAAUAGAGGAUGGUAACAAGCGCAUACCCUUGGUACGCACUGUUAGUGCUUAUAGACGACAACAAUCUCAAUUGGCUAAGACUAAUUCAACAAGACAUGAAAUGGAAUCAAGUCCAAUUUCUGGUGCAGAGAAACACGAAGACGAAUCCAUAUUGGUUGAGAAUAAAGUGAAAAGAUUAUUAGACGAAAUUAGGACGCAACAGAAAAAGAUAGAGGAAGCUAGCAAAGCAUUAAAUUUAUGUCAUGCUACGAUCGAGUUUAACGGCUCUACUGAGCACGUUGGAGGCGAAUGGGCUCUACUCGUUGCUACGCACAAACGUCAAGCUGCAUUAAAUGAAGUGCAAAGGCUGAAACGAGAAGGCACACUCAGACCUGUUAAGGCAGGCUCACCAGAAAUGCAAGAGAGUGGGUCAUUAUCUAUUUCUGCUAUUACAUUACCACUAAGGCAAGAAUAUUUCCGAAACAUGGGUAUGAAUACAUAUCUUCAUUGCGUCUGCUUGAUGUAUUACUUAGGAGAAGUAGUCGCUACCCAAGCAGCAACUGCUGAUCCAGGCGAUUCGUGUAUUCGUUUUAGUUCAAUGUUGAAGCUUGAAAAUUUGCACAAUGAUUUCAAAAUUCUUGUUGAAGUAUACACCUUCCAGACGCAACCGAAAUAUUUGCCACAUGAAAAGAAAUAUCAUAUUAGUCACAAUGUAAAAGCAGUCAAUAAGACACCAAAGAAAAAGAAUCAGUUUGUAAUGCCGGAUAUACAGAGCCCAGCAGGUCCAAACGCAAUCAGAUCACCUGCUUUCGAAUUAUCUGGGACUGCGAUCAUUACUCUCAACGAUAUAAAUCGCGAGCAAUUUACUCUGCUUUGUGAGAUGUCGUCACACUCUCCUCUAGAAGGACGUCUACGAAUGCAUAUAUCGCGUGAGCUUUCGAUUUCAGUCGAACAUCGCGGAUUUUUGACGAUUUUCGAGGAUAUUACAAAUUUGGGUGCUUGGCGCCGAAGAUGGUGCUGGCUUAAAGACGCGAAACUUUAUUAUUGGAUACAUCCUGAGGACGAACACAAGAAAAGUCCAAUAGAACUGCUGGAUUUGGAGGCUGUAAUUACAAGGAAUAUACAAUUUAUAAAUCGAGAAAAAUACGCUCGUCCUUUCACAUUUUUGCUCGAAGUAUCGAGACCCGCGCAAUCUGGUGACGCUAAUAAUCUCAUUAUGAAGACAGAUGGAAAAAAUACCAUAAUAGAGCACUUUUUAUUAGCUGAUACGAAAGAAGAAGGAUUGCAAUGGAUGUCAAAAUUGAAUAAAACUCUAAGCUUAAUCAGAGCUUGGAAACCGGGUAGAAAUUAGUUUACAAAGCUUAAAUCAUUUUUAAAUCGGUUAAUUUCAAGAAACGUAUCCAUAUACGUUCGAUUUGUGAUAGGAGAAUUCGGAAUAGGAUAAAAUACUUGAUCUAAAAUUAAUAAAAGCAAAGAAAAAUCUAUUUCGCUUUAUUAAAAUAUAUGCUACUUGCAUCUAACCGACAUAUUUAAAUGAUGACAUAUAUUGUAAGACGAGACUAUUUGAUAUAAACAAUGCAAGUAUUCAUAUAUGAGAAAGUAGCGAAUGUACUACGUGUGGCGUUCAAAUUUCAUCAGAUAUGUCUGAUUUUAUUAGUGUUACAAAUUAUAAUUAAUUAUUUUGUAGCAUAAAUAUUCCAGUGAACUAAUUGAAUUUUUAAUCGUGGACGCAAUCUAUAUAAUAUUUCAUUAAACUUUAAGUCAUUUUUUCAAAAUUAAAAUUGCAAGUUUUCAUGAAGUUACCCGUUCACAAUACCUUUGCUGAAAUAUUUAAUAUAUGUGGGUAUAUAUAUUAAAUAUUCGGUACAAAUCCUCGCAUCUUCUGGAACUGUGCAGUCUAUAAUUUACAAGAAAAGGAGUAAUAAUAC